AUAUUUUUAAGACCUUAUUUUUCUUUUCAUAGGGUGUCUUUUAUGAAUAAUCAAAAGCAGCAAAAGCCAACGCUAUCAGGCCAGCGUUUUAAAACCAGAAAAAGAGAUGAAAAAGAGAGGUUUGACCCUACUCAGUUUCAAGACUGUAUUAUUCAAGGCUUAACUGAAACUGGUACUGAUUUGGAAGCAGUAGCAAAGUUUCUUGAUGCUUCUGGAGCAAAACUUGAUUACCGCCGAUAUGCAGAAACACUCUUUGACAUUCUGGUGGCUGGCGGAAUGCUGGCUCCAGGUGGUACACUGGCAGAUGACAUGAUGCGUACAGAUGUCUGUGUGUUCGCAGCACAGGAAGACCUAGAGACCAUGCAAGCAUUUGCUCAGGUUUUUAACAAGUUAAUCAGGCGCUACAAAUACCUGGAGAAAGGGUUUGAAGAUGAAGUUAAAAAGCUGCUGCUGUUCUUAAAGGGUUUUUCAGAGUCGGAGAGGAAUAAGCUGGCUAUGUUGACUGGUGUUCUUCUGGCUAAUGGAACACUUAAUGCAUCCAUUCUUAAUAGCCUUUAUAAUGAGAAUUUGGUCAAAGAAGGGGUUUCAGCAGCUUUUGCUGUAAAGCUCUUUAAAUCGUGGAUAAAUGAAAAAGAUAUAAAUGCAGUGGCUGCAAGUCUUCGGAAAGUCAGCAUGGAUAACAGACUGAUGGAACUUUUUCCUGCCAAUAAACAAAGCGUCGAACACUUCACGAAGUAUUUUACUGAGGCAGGCUUGAAAGAGCUUUCAGAAUAUGUUCGGAAUCAGCAGACCAUAGGAGCUCGUAAGGAACUCCAGAAAGAGCUGCAGGAACAGAUGUCCCGUGGUGAUCCGUUUAAGGAUAUAAUUUUGUAUGUCAAGGAGGAGAUGAAAAAAAACAACAUCCCAGAACCUGUUGUCAUUGGAAUAGUCUGGUCUAGUGUAAUGAGCACAGUGGAAUGGAACAAAAAAGAGGAGCUUGUAGCAGAGCAAGCCAUCAAGCACUUGAAGCAAUACAGCCCUCUACUUGCUGCCUUUACUACUCAAGGUCAGUCUGAGCUGACUCUGUUACUGAAGAUUCAGGAGUACUGCUAUGACAACAUUCAUUUCAUGAAAGCCUUCCAGAAAAUAGUGGUGCUUUUUUAUAAAGCUGAAGUCCUGAGUGAGGAGCCCAUUCUGAAGUGGUAUAAAGAUGCACAUGUUGCAAAGGGGAAAAGUGUCUUCCUUGAGCAAAUGAAAAAGUUUGUAGAGUGGCUCAAAAAUGCUGAAGAAGAAUCUGAGUCUGAAGCUGAAGAAGGUGACUGAAUAUUGAAACUACACCCUCAGUAAAGCAAACAGGAGUUGUAGAUAAAUUGUCAUGUCUCAUGUGUCCUGGUUCUUACAUCUUCCUACCUCCCUAUAUCAAGCAUGAUAUAAGGGCUUUCAUGGCAAAUUUUAUUUUAACUGUUUCUAUAGUUACUGGAAAUGUUGGGUUUAGUUUCUAAAACCAUGUUUUAAGUAGCUACAGGAGCUGUAGAUUUGAAUCUAAUGUUGCAUUAGUCUUUUCAGUUAUCUUCUACCUCCUGUAUUUUCUACUGUAAUAAUGUAAUUUAAGCCUUCCACAAUGAACAGUUCAUUUUAUUCCCUGGGUUUUCUAUAUAAACAGUUUUCAAGAUAUGAUUUGGUUAAAAAUAAUUUGUUAUAAAAAUUCUGUUUGCAAAUUAAACUGUAAAAAAAAGUAUCCAAAGUCUCAAAAAGCAAUGAUUUGUGUGAUAAUUUGGUAUGCCCAGAGCCCUGCUCAUCAGUGGAAAUCUCAUAGACAGUAAUUGAGUUCAUUAACAUGAAUCUUGAGUAUUUGGACCAUUGCUUGCAUGUUAAUAUUUUGUUGCAUUUUUAACCUCAGAUGUCCUUGAGCUCAAUUGUUUGCUGUCUGAUUUUCAUUCCUUAGUGAAGCCAUGGAGAACAAGCUUGAAAGUGAGGUCUUUUGGGAAAUGGUAUGCGGCAGAGGUGGUGGGAAGAAGAAAGUUGAGCUUUUUCCCAUUGAGAAACUUCUGCAUUCACUUUGUAUCUUUCUGGGCAAAACAAAUGGGUAUUCUUUUCAUCCAACCAUUUUCAAAUGUACCUUGGAAAAGCCUGUCAUUUAAAGUAUUUUGCACUUGUCAUACACUUAGACUGAUAGGAAAGGACUCAUACAGUAUUGUGAGUAAAGGAAAUGACUGUACUAUAACGAGUGAAUUGUUGAAAAUGUUAAGUGGUCAGCAUGUUCUAAUUGGGACUCUAAAUAUAACUCAUAUUUCCUGUUGGCAUAGAGUAUUUGUCGUAAAGAAUGAAGUGCAGCGAUAAUGAUAUAUUCAUGUAUCCCAGCUUCAUUCUCUUAACAUAUUCACUUAUGACGCAAGCAUUUGGCUACUAACAUAAACCUAGUUGCCAUUUUUUUUUGAUUGCCAUGAGCCACAUAUCUCUUCUAGAGAAUUGAUCCAUUUAUUUGAAUGGCUACUCUUUCAUUUUCAUCUUUCUUUUCUUGCUGCUACCCAUCUAUAUAUGUAGUCAUUAGAAAAUAAAAUGUGGCCACACUUUUUCGUGGAAAGACUUCAUGUUAAAAGUGAACAUUUUGAAAGUUUUUUUGAUUGGUGAAAGAAACUAGCUUGGAAUAAAGCCACUGGAGACUCAGUGGAAAUUGCCCCUUUCAAAGGUGCCAUUCUUGUGAGCCAAGAAUUUGGUGUUUAAAAAUUCAUCUUGAGGAAUAACGUGUAAUAUAAUUUGAAAUAAAGGUAUAGUAACCUUAUGAAGAAGAGCAUUAUAACUGGUAUCAUUGUGAAUGGGGUGAAAUUGUUAAGUGAAUAACUUUGAUAAAGUUUUCAUGCACAGGCAAAAUGUAUUCACUAGGUUUCUACAUAGUGAUCUGCUUUUACUUUGUAAUUUGUAGUCCUCAAAAGACUUUUUUAAAAAAUAAAGUCCAUCCUUACACUUAGGUUACCUAGGUCAGUCUUCUUUUUUAAUUUUUUAUUCUUUUGUAAAUUCCAUAUUAAUACUUAGUGGUAACUGUAUGUUAUGUGUUCAGACAUCUCUACUGUGUAAGCAUUAAAUAAUUGCUCUUUUCAUCCUUAUGACUCCCAAACUGUAAACACCUAUGCAUAAUUCUGAUGUAGUGGAAACUACGUUAACAUUUCUACAACCAAAUCAUCGCAUGUUCCUGCUGUACAAAGUGUACCCUGUGUUAUUAUAUACUGUGUAUAGUGAAAGAGUGUGUAGUCUUCCGGAACUACAUUAUGAUCUUUGUCUGAUCACAGAGUUUUUUUCUUCAUAAUGACAAAGUAGUGUUUACUUACUACAAUGCUACAGUAAAUGGAAAAGUCAUCUGUGACAGUAUAGUAUAAAGAAAAGGAAUGCUUUCUAAAAGGACUUUGCAGAUUUUCAUUUAGAAUUUUAAGUGGUAAUUAUGAAACUCAGCUGCCAGUGCCAACCUAUGGCCUCAAAUAUGUAAUUCUUAAUAUAGAUGUUAAAAUUGUACUUGUAAUUAUGAUUGGAUAAAUGUUAAUUGAUUUUCCUAACGUGGUGUCAGUUUCUAUGGAUAAGUCUUCUCUUAGAUGCCAUAAUUAAAUGUGUGUAUAGAGCUGA